UUAGCCGUAAACAGCCGCUUAGAACAUCGCGAUGUGCGCGCGCAGCAUUACCGUUUAAUUCGAAUAUUCAAAUAUCGAACUUCGAUGUAGUACUGCAUUUUUAAUUAAUGUAUUUGAAUUGAAUUUCGAAAUUACAAUGUAUAUGCAAACUUACGACUCGCUGCCGGCAAAUCUCGAUGAUGAGUUUCCUAGGCCAGUCGAGUCCAUAAUGAGAUGUGAUGAUUUUAAAAGCAAUUUUGCUAGGAGGCUUUCUAAUAGGUACACAUAUAAAACGCCAAUAACAAUACCGAAACAAGAUACUGCCCUGAAAUUGCGUCCCCAAGACAUGAAAUCCAGAGAGGCCACUGACAAUGUUCCAGAAAGAAUUGAGCCACCUUCUCAACUUUCCAAAAAUACUAUUAUGGAGCAAAAUGGCGAAGCAGUGAAGCCCCCAGAUAAAUCUAUAAAGAAGAAAUCCGAUAUACAUUGUACUGAGGUGACAGCCCUCAAUAUGGAAGUGGAAACCCUGAGAUGGCAACUUGCUCAAACGGAAGCAAACAGGCAGAUGCAUAUAGCUCUAUUAAAGCAAAUAGUUACUUUCCUAAAUCGAGUGAAAGAUCAUAUAGAGUUUCAGAAGAAUGAUAAUACCAGCAAGGAGUCCCCGAAGGUUUUACCACGAACCUACAAUUUUAAUGACCUGCCGCGGUCAAAGUCUGUUUUACACGUAAACAAGAAUCCUGAAUACUUGACGCCUCCCACCAAAAAAAUAAGCACAAGAAAGAUUAGCAAGUCCAUUAGUAAUGUUAAUGGUUUCAAAGAAUUCAAUGGAAAUUGGAAUCAAUCCAAAUUAUCGCUGACUUCUGAAACUGAAGCUUCGCAAAAGAUAUCAGAGGAAAUGUCGAGGUUAAUAACUCUUGCCAAUACAGUGCUUGGCACAAAGCUGCCUGACCUCACAUGUACUUGUGUUGAGAUCCCCGCUGAACUAAAGAGCACAUCAUCAUCAAAUCCGAUAGAAAAGAAAAUGGGAUCAGAACCAGAUAGGAAAGCGCCAAUAAUAAAUAUUAUGGAGCAGGAUACAAGAAAUACAUUCAUUUUAAAUGCAGUAUGUGACACAGAUGACACUUAUGAUGGUAUUAAUAAGUUCAUACAAGUCAAAGAUAACACUUUGACUAAUUUCAUUGAUAAAUCUACAAAUGGUGGUUUGGAAAAUAAAUUUGCUGGCAUACAAGUAAAUGAUAAAAAUCAUACCAACGGUCUAUCUGCAAAAAAUGGUGUCGAAACAAACGCCAUAGUGUCUAAGACUCCUAUCGACAGAAAGAUCGAUUACAACCAUAUGUCUAAUUUUAUUGAAGAUGAAAGUGGGUUUUCUUCAAUGAGUUCUUUUCAAGAGAUUGGAAUUCCUAUUAUAAGUAUUAUACCACCAUCGCCAUGCAAAGAGGUGGGAUAUUUAGAAGAGAUACCCGACAUUCUGGGUGAUCAUGAGAAGUGGAAGACUGAUACGAUCGAACUCGACAAGCAGACCGUGAAGGUGUUCUGGGUUUGAACGCGCGUACAAAGUUUUCAGUUCAAAGUGUCGUAACGCACAAACCUUUUUUUUGUGGUUAAAAUGUAUUAGAAAUACUUACCUAUUUAUAUAUUGCCCUAAAAUAAGAUUACUAACGAUUUUUAGUGUUUUAAAUGAUUCAAUAAAUUUCAAAGUAACAUUAUCGUAUUGUUUUCUUUUCUAGUCGAGGAAUUGUAUAAUAUGAAAUAGCAUUCAAUAGCAUUUUCUAGCCUUGAAGACUGUAGCCCAAUUCGAUAAGCAAUGAAAUUCUUAGAUGACAUUGACAACAGUCUCACUUAACAGAAA